AUGAAAGGGUUAAGACCUGUGAAUUUUUCUCUUAACAGAAGAGUUAGUAAUAUUGUAGUUCUUGCUUUAAUAUUUUCUUUUAUAUAUGUAAUGAUAAAUCGCGAAAAAGUGGAGCAUGAAAACUUCAAUAAUUUUAAGAAAUUCCAUUUUGAUUUAUAUGGUGUAGGAGAAUGUAAGAAAUAUCCUAUGGAGUUGGUGUAUGAUAGAAAAGAUUGGCACGAUUAUGAAUUUAUGAAAAAGGAAGCUCAAAGAACAGGUCUCGGUGAACAAGGUGCAGCAGUUGUCUUAACUGAUCCAAAUGAAAUUGAAAAGAACAAGCAAUUAAGGAAGCAAGAAGGCUUCAGUGCAUUAAUAAGUGAUAUGAUUGCAUUGAAUCGCUCGGUUCCUGAUACGAGACCAAAAUCCUGUAUGAUGAAACAAUAUUUAAAGAGACUUCCAACUGCAUCCGUCAUCAUUAUUUUUCAUAACGAAUAUCCAAGCAUUGUGUUACGUACAGUUUUUUCAGUUUAUGACCGAUCACCUCGAGAACUUUUAAAGGAAAUUAUUUUGGUUGACGACAGCAGCACAAGACCAGAACUCAAAGAAGAUUUUGAAAAUCACUUAAGGGAAAAUUUUGAUGAUCGUGUUAAGCUUGUUCGGCUUGAAGGACGUAAAGGAUUAAUAGUUACACGUAUGGAAGGAUUUAAACGUGCGACUAGUGAAGUUGUAAUUUUUCUUGAUGCCCAUAUGGAAGUUAAUACGAACUGGCUGCCACCACUUCUAGAGCCAAUUGCAAUUUCACCUACAACCUGUACAUUACCUACAAUUGAUACUGUUAGUAGAGAAGAUCUUAAUUAUCACGGCGGUCGACCAUUUCGAGAUCUCGGCAUGUAUGAUGAAGGGUUAGAGAUUUGGAAUGGAGAGCAAAUAGAACUAUCAUUGAAACUUCAUUUAUGUGGUGGAAAUUUAGUUCAGGUUCCUUGUUCGAGAGUCAGUCACUUCUUCAAAACUAUUACAAAAAGUCACAAAUUAGCUGGAGCUGACCCUACCGCUCGUAAUUUCAAGAGAGUUGCAGAAGUUUGGCUAGACGAUUACAAACAAAUCAUGUAUGAUGCUAAUCCCGAAAGAUUCAACGUUGAUCCUGGUGAUUUAACAAAGCAAAAAUAUGUUAGAGAGAAACUAAGAUGCAAACCAUUUCAAUAUUUUUUGGAAGAAAUUUGUCCAGAGAUGUACACACAAUUUUUCUUUCAACGUGAUUAUCCAGGAUUUUUUGCUUUUGGAGCAAUAAGAAGUAAUGAACAUCCUGAUUUAUGCAUGGAAUAUGGGGACGGUAAAGUGAAAUUAUUGAAAUGUGCGAGCGAUGAUCUUCAAAAGCCAAACAAUAGGAACCAACAUUUCACAUUCACAUGGCAUAAAAAGCUGAGAUUAUGGUAUGAUUGA